UCAAUUACUCUCUGAAAACCCUAAUAUUCUAAGCCAUCUUUCUCAUCAUCUUCACAUGAGCAAUGGCGUCAACAAUAUUUUCGAACUGUUCUUCAUCCACAGCAACAGCGCGUCUUUCUAAAUUCGAUACAACCCAGAGCGGUUCUCUUCGUCUAAGACUACCACCAUCUUUUCUUUCUUGCAAACCUCGAAAUCCUGCCGGAUUUGGUACCUCAAUCAGUAUGCAGCGUCGAAGUUGUAAUUCUAGUAUUACUGCUGUGGCAAUGCCAACGAGUACAAAAAUUCCAACGGUGAAACUGAACCGAAAGGCGGUUGCGAAACAAAUCGGAGAUGAAAUCUCCAUUGAAAUAUCGAGGAUGAGGGAUGAAAUUGGUGUCACACCAAUGUUAGCUAUUAUUCAAGUUGGGGAUAGUAAUCACUCGCCGGUUCAUGUUGCCAAUAAGUUCAAGGCUUGUGAAGCAGUAGGGAUCGAAACCGACGUAGUUUGUUUGAAAGAGGAUUCCACAGAAGAAGAAGUUCUCGAGCGUAUUUCUCAAUUCAAUGAGAAAUCUUCUGUUCAUGGCAUCCACAUUCAGCUGCCUUUACCUCGCCAUAUGGAUAAGGCAAAAAUCUUGAAUGCUGUUAGAGCUGAGAAAGAUGUUGAUGGAUAUAAUCCACUAAACAAUGGGGUUCUUUCCACGCGAGAUCAUGAGCCGCUGUUUUUAUUUCCUUCCUUAAUUCCAUGUACAGCCAAAGGAUGCAUAGAAUUACUGCAUAGAUAUGAAAUUCGUAUAAAGGGGAAAUCAGUAGUUGUAAUUGGUAAUGGUAGUGGUAAUGACAUUGUUGCACCUGCUGCCGCAGUAUUACUACAAAGGGAAGAUGCUGCCAAGGUCACUGUUGUGCACCCUGGAACAAAGAACCUUGCAGAGAUCAUUAGACAAGCAGAUAUCGUUAUCACCGCUGCAGAAAAGGCAUAUCUAGUGAGGGGUUGCUGGAUUAAGCCAGGAGCAAUAGUCAUUGACACCGGCUAUAAUAUAAUCAUCGAUCGGAAAAGUCAUCUCGGCUAUCGAUUUGUUGGAGACGUUUGCUAUGAUGAGGCUUGUGAGAGAGCUUUAGCUAUAACUCCCGUACCCGGUGGAGCGGAUUCCAUGACUAUUGCAAUGCUUCUAUCGAACACGCUUCUCGCAGGUAAGAGAGCUCUUAAGUUUGAAUGACUUGGGACAUAUUCUGUGCAAAUAUGCCAUGUUUUCGGUUUUAAGCUCAUAUUUAAUUCUACGA